AUGUCAGGAGAUAGUAGUAACGAGAAAGCGAUGCAAUAUCUUGCCGAUGCUUUAUGCAAUAAUAAAACUUUGACUUCAUUAAUACUUGCUCGUAAUCAAUUUGUAGAUAAUGGAAUGAAAUAUUUAGCUAAUGCUUUACGGAAGAAUACGGCACUUAAGCAAUUGUGGCUUUAUCAAAUUGGAAUCGAUGAGAAAGGCAUGCAACAUCUUGCCGAUGAUUUAUCACAACUAACUGUUUAA